AUGUCUUCUCAAGGAACAAAGGUCACCAACGACCCCCAAGGUACUUCUCACCCCAAAGUCGAGUCAGCAGGAACAAUCACCUCGGACUCUCUGGCCGCCGAAUCUUUAUCCUCCAAUGGUUCCUUCGGCGGCGCAGGCAGCCACGCAGCAGCAUCCUCCCAACCCUCUGCCUCCACCACCACAAACAACAGCGACACCUCUGGCGCUCGAGUGCUGCAAGCGGCCCCAGACGCAGAAGCCAGACAGGCACUCGAGGGCUGGAACGAAGAAGCGCAACUCAACUCGGCCAGAGGAAUCGUGGGGAAUGGCGCUGGCAGUGGACCUGCUGCCACAUCAUCAUAUCUCGCGAGAAACACCACCGCUGACUCUUCUUCUGGCACAUCAGGCGCUGCGGCUCAACACCCCCAUGGCAAAAACAUCACUGAAGGAAACAUUGAUGCCUCUGCGCCUAAUGCAAGCUUCACCACUGAUAUCGGUGGUAAGAAUGAUCCGGGCCGUCAGGCUGUGAAUGAUUUGGCGAGGAAUGCGCAGCAGAGUGCCGGUGAUGCUGGUAUUCCCAAGGAUAAGGGGGUGAGCAAUGAUGGGCAGUUUGAUGUGUUGAAGGAUGCUUCUGCUUAA